GGACACAAUCACCGAGAACAUCACUGUUUUUUAAUUUUUAUCGUUUUUAUUUCAUUUGGUGCAUCGUUGAUGUAUCAUCUUUGUUGGUUAGGAUUUUAUCCUGUCAUUAAAAACGUUAGCAAAUGUGCCUGGUGUAAUAAUUUUGAAAGUCAUGUCUUAUCUUCGAAGCAAUGUAAACAUGAAAACAAAAUCAAAUUUUGGCAAACCUGAACGAAGGAGUCCUCGACCUACAAAAACACCAUCGAUUAACGAACUUAAAAAUAAAUAUAAGUGCAGUCCUAAAGGAAAACGAAAACUGGAUUUUCCUUUCACAGGAAAAAAACCAGGUCCCUUAUCUGGAAAAUUGUUUUAUUUGUACAUAAAUGGGUGUAGUAAUACCACAGGUUUAAAGAAAACUAUUCAACAACUUGGUGGGAUAAUUGAAGAGUUUUUUCGUAAAGAAAUCACAUAUUUAGUUACUGAUGUCAAUACACAUGAUUGUGUAAAGGUAGCAAGUUCUCUACCAAGUCCUGGUCUUCCUAGUCCAUGCUCUAUGUCCAGAAGUUCAUCAGUAAAAAAUUACGCUGGAGCUUCCCCGUUGAGUACAGACUCUCCACAAGGAAUAAAUAAUUCUAUUCAAAUGAAUACCCAAACUACGAGAGGCAAAUCCAUUGCUCAAAGAUCGACUGGGUUAAGAAAAGGUACCACUAACAUUCUCUCAAAUGCAGAAACAUGGGGUGUUAAGGUUCUUCAAGUGGAUAAAUGUAAAAAAUGGUUGUCAUCGUUGCUACAAGAAGCUAAUGAUUGCGAGAUAGGAAACAAAGCAAAAUUUUCUGAACAUUUAUCUCGGAAAAAACAACCAAAGGUUGUUCAGUUAAGAGAUACUUAUAUCAAGGUGGAGGAUUUAAACUUUAAGUAUCGUCCAUUGGUUCAUGAGUUCAAGAAUUGGCCAAAGUUAACAUUCAAUGCCUGGAAUACUUGCCCAUUUGAUAGACGACGGGUGUUAAACAAUGAUCCAAGAAAAAUUUCCCAAAGACCACGAACAAUUGAACGUCCAAGGCAUGGUUACUGUGAAUGCUGUGAGAAUCGUUAUUCUGAUUUGGAUGCACAUUUAAAGAGUAAACAACACAAAGACUUUGCAAAAAAGAACGCGAACUAUAACAGCUUGGACAAAGCUAUUAGUGAAGGCCCAACAAUUGAAAAUUUUCUAAAUGAAAUUCGUACGAAGAAGUAUUGCAACCAUCAAAGUUACUGUUCCACUCAAGAAAACGGAGAAGCCAAAAUGAGUUGUGAAAAUUUUGAUGAUUUUGAAGCUGACAAUGUUAACUUAGUUUCACCCCUUCGGCUUUCACGAAGAAAUGAAACUUCGAAUCAAUCGUUCAUCAGUAAUGUAGACAGCGGAAAGCUAAAGAGAAGUCGUCAUAAUAAGGUAGAUAAACAUCCAAAAGAUUUACACAAAUGCUGUAGUUUAUCUGAUGGGGACAUAAAAAAGAGCUCGUCCAUUAUUAACUCAUGGGAAAACGGACAGAGUUUUGACGGAAAUUUUGAAAUUUUAAGAAUACUGUUAAUUUAAAUGGCGAUAGUCCAGAAAUUCCAUCUCAAAAUACACGCCUUAGUCCCUCCAUUGGACAAAACUCGUCCAUUGAGGUACUUGAGGGUUAACAGUGAUGGUUUUCUCAACGAGUUUGGUCCUCCAAAAUCAGGACCGUUUAGAAGUUUAUUUAAAUCUUUAUCAACUCACGAAGAUAAUUAUCUUUCGUUGAACAUAAAUUUUGGCCAUACCUCCCACUACAAGAAGAGUGCGAAUUCUAUGGUUUGUAAUCUUAAUAAGCUAGAGUCAAAUGUUGUGAUUGAUCAUAGCAACGAAAAGCCCGCUGAAUUAGACAAUAACUUUUCGUCUGUCAAAUCAUUUAAUUUCAAUCAAGAGAAGGAUAAUCAAAGUUCACUAGAGGAAAAUAAAAGUGAAAUAUGCUCGGUUAACAUUGAAAUUGAAGAAGAUCGUCGUCGUUUGCCCGUAAAGAAAGAGUUUAAACAUGUUGCUUACAAAUUGUGUUCAGGUAGUAAAGAUGACAGCAAAGAAAUUUGGAGUGCUCGUAGAAAAAAUAGUGAAUUAGCUAAUUGUUCGCUUUCUCCGAUCGAGCCAUACGAAUUGGACGAACAAAUUAGUGUAUUCUCUUCAUGUUCAGAAUAUGAUGAGUUCUUACCUCGUACUACACUCCAGGUUUUUUCUUCCUUGGCUCAUCUCUAGAAGUUGUAUCAAAUAAUGAAGACGAUGUGAUUCGUCCAAUGAUAGAAAGUAUUAAAGGCGUCGAUGAGAUGAACCCCACAUCCGAUUUUGAUAAAACUAUUGUUGAUGAACCAUACAAAGAAGCAGAUUUGAAAACAGACCUGCCUGUUACAGAUUGUACGGAUGGCAUUGAUUUUGUCGAAAAGAAUGAUCACAUAGCAUUUUCUCACGAUUCUGCUUGUGAUGGUUUGAAUAUUAAAAGGAAAAGAAGCGAAGAACCAGAUAAUAAUACAAGAUGUAAGAGAAGAUCGAUAUCAACUAUUCUCUACCCAGAUGGGGUUGUUGCAAGUUCUGAACAAACUUUUGAAGAGGAAGAUGAUGUAUUUUCAAGUAAUGUUGCAGAGCGGGUUAAACUUCUACGAGCACUACGUGAGAGUCAAGAGGAUGGUCAUUCUGAUUCAGAGCCCACAACAUCAACUUCAAGGACUUCGUCUCGCAACAGCUCACAAUGUAAACGAAAGCUGCAAGUGCAGCCGUCCUCUCUUCCCGUUAAGGUUAAGGUAUUUCCUCAUAAAGAAACACAUGAAGAGGAACAAUUGGCUGAAGUAACGAUAUCUCGUCUCAAAAAAUGCAAGAAUGAAAGUUGCUAUGAAUCCCAAUCAAAUUUUUUAAAACAGCAAUCAAGGAAAACUCGUAAAAGCGUGGGGCUUCCAUUUUCCGAAAUUACAAACAGAAAGGCCCAAGAAAAGCGACCAAAGUCAACGAGCAAAAUGAUAUUUUCAUCACAAAUACUGGGUGAGAAAAGGAAACGAAAUCAACGGCGUUCAGCAUGCUUAACACCCAAUGAUCCUUUUAGUUUCGAUGAUUAUUGAGCAAAGUAAUUUUAAAUUUAAACGGAUUUUACGAUAGAGAUAUUUAAUAUGUUGUGUUUGCUAUGUAUAUUAAAAUUUUUCUCAAUGUAACCUGUAUUUGGUGUUGUUGCCGCAAAAAUCAACACCUCUUCAACUUGUCUAGGAUUACAUUAAAAGAUAAUUGUGAAUUGUAAA